AACCCAUCAAGAUAAGUUGGGUGAACUACGCUCGACUGUGCUGACAAAAAGGAUCCUAAACCCUCUCUCCGCUAUCUCAAGUUGCAAGGGUUUUCGCGCACGCAGCUUGCUCGUGGCCAUAGGCUUGCUGCUGUUGCUUAUUCUUCUUCUUCUUCUUCUUCUUCUUCUUCUUCUUCUUACUUGUUUAACAACCCUGUCUUGGCUUAGCAAAGGAGCCUCAAAUGGGGAGUACUGCCGUCGAGAAGACUGAGGAGGAGCUCCAACGAGAAAUCGAUGAGCUCCACCGCCAACAACGCGAGAUUACGGAGAGGCUUCGAGAUCCUAGAGGACUCCGAAGGGGAGGGAUGACCGCUGCCGGUCCUCGGAAUUUUGCUGCCAAUGGAGGGCGACAGAGAAGCUAUGUUCGCCCGGCGGAUAGGACUGACAGUGAAGAUCAACCUCCUGCCAAACGGAGAUUAUCAUCUGCUGUUGUCAAGGUGGAGGAUGGAGAGAUAACUGAUGAUGCAGAUGCAGAUGCAGAUGCAGCGUCAGAUGUGAAGAAAAAGGAUUCUAAUGCAGAAGGAGCAAGGGCAACCGAAGAAAGUGACAGAAAGCCGUCCAGCCUGUCUCGGAGUGGAUGGUCUAGGGAGGAUGGCAGUCAAAGAGCAAUAAAGAAGGAUACUGAAAUUCCACUGACAGAACCUGUCCCAAGGGUUUUGCCAAAGGAUGAGGAUCCAAGCGUGGUUAACAGAAACAAAAGAAUGCUCGGGCAACUUCUAGGCACUUUGGAGAAAUUCAGGAAGGAAGAUAUGCAACUUUCAGGAACAGAGGCAUUCAUGCGCCGGUCAAAUUCACUGCAAAGGGCUGAGCAAAGGGCGCGUGAAGAAAGUGAAAGGCUGAGGCAACAAGAGCGUGAACAAAUUGCAGAAAAGAGGAGGAGAGAUCUGACCCUUAGAGCACGUGUUGCUGCCAAGGCUGAAGAAAAGAAGUUGGAAUUGCUGUUUCUGCGCUGGAGUGAGCACCAUAAAAAACUUACCAAUUUUAUAAGAACUAAAGCAGAACCUCCAAUUUAUUAUUUGCCAACCAAACCAUUGAAUGAGGAUACAACCUUACUUGAGCAGCAAAAAGAACAGCAGAUGUUAUUAGAGUGGAAGGCUGCUAGGAGAGAGGAAUUGUCUGAGUACCAGAAGCAGAUUGCACAACAGUAUGUUGCAAAUGUUGAGAAAGAAUUGGAAAGGUGGCAAAAUGCAAGGAAAGCCAGAAAAGCGAACAAUGAUGCAUUGAACUUACAGGAAACGAUGGAUAAAGAAUUGGAUAGCCAUAGGCUUGAGCAUGGCCCAAAAACGAGAAAGAUCCCUGGGAGAAGCAACAACGAAGAUGAGGAUGAUGUAGAGGAUAUAAAUGUUGGGGAGGAUGAUAUGAUGGAUGAUGUGCUAGGUGAUGAUACAGCUAAAUUAGAGGCUGGGAAUACCAGUCCCAAUCCUGAUAAUAUUGAUCAGUAACUCUUAGGUAUCCUAUAGAUCUUUUUAUUGCCUUUUUUUAUUUUUUUUUUUAUUUUCCUACAGAUCUUCUUAUAUAGAUUUUUGUAUUGUCCUCUUCUCUGUUGGUUGGGAAUGAAAUUAGAAGAAUAGAGUGUUCGCGUUUGGCAGGCA